GCUCGAAAUGUACGAAAUAAUAAACAACAUGGAGUCGCUUCCCGAUACCAUCGAUGAAUAUAAAAAGUUUAAAGUUGUGGAAUUAAAGGAACUACUCUCGAAAUUUGGACUUCCAACCAACGGUUUGAAGGCUGAUUUGAUCGAGAGGCUCUAUCAAUUUAAAGUUCAGACAACACAAGAUGUAAAGGGAGAUGAGAAUGCUGGGGAAGGUCAGAAACUGAAUUGAGAUUAUUGAUAUUGUAUACAUGCAUUAACUGAUCAAUCUCUGAUUUUUGUCAUAUUCACAGAGCCCAGUUCAUUAAAAUUCUUAUCUUUGAGUUGUACAAUGUUAGUUGAUAGCAGAGCUCUUGAAAUAUCACCUACCUGCAAUUAUACUUUAGUUAAAAUUAUGUGUGAAGGUCUGAGUUUUUGUAGUGUAUACACACAUGUACCCACAAAUUAAAAUCCUCCAUAAUUUGGAGAAAGUGGGGUGUGUAAUGAUACGGUUGAUAUGAUAACAAUAUAUUGGGAUGCAUUAUGACUAUAUCACUUGGUAAUUUUUAGAAAAUUGUUUGUUAGCCCUGCUCUGACUGACUGACAAAAAACGUCUGCCUCAAAACUUCUUUAAGUGUCCAAGAAAUGGUAGAUUUUUUAAAGAUUUCGGAAUAUUUUCAUCUUCUUUGACAUCAGUUUUUAGCUCUUCUGAGCCGAAGGCUCAAAGAGCUAAUCAUAUGGCCAUAUGUCUGGCGUGCGGUGUGCGUCAACUUUUUGGAAAAAGGGCUAUAUCUCAAGAACCCCUUGGCCAAUUUUUGUCAAAUUUGUCACAGGGUAUCCUUGGCCCAAGGGCUUUUAUUUGUACUAAAACUAGAGUUGUGACCCUUUAACAAGGGGAGAUAAUUAGGAAAAUGCAAACAAAAGUAGUGGUUGCUAAAAAAUUUUCUCAAGAACCACUGGGCAAAUUAUCACCAAAUUUAUGCAUAAGGAUGAGGAUAGGUUGUAGAUAAAAAAUUGUUCAAGGCAUCAUCCUGGGGCAAAGGGUGUGGUCUCAAGGUCUUUUGGAAUUUGACGGCUAUAUUUGAAUACUAUUUGACUUGUCAGUUGAUGCAUCUUGAGUCUUCAGUGUGUCGACCAAAAGUAGGUCACUGUGACCUACUUUUGGACAGUUACAUUUAAAUUUUCAGGUUCUAUUUGACUUAACAUCAUCAAACUUUGUUAAUUGAUGAAUCUUGGUUAGUGAGAAUUUUUGCCUGUUCUACAAUAUAUCAGAAAAGCGAUUCAAGGCCCAUGGGCCUCUUGUAAUUUGACAUCUGCUAUUGAUCUUACAUUGAAAUGUUUAAAUCAACUUAAUGCUAUAACUAUAUCAGGGGUGGAAUCUAUUUGGUGUCAGUUUUCCCCAAUUUAGUAAACAAGGUCCUAUUGUCCAUAAAUCCCUCAACUGACUUCAGCAACAACAUGCCAGUGCCAGCAGAACCGUUCAGUUUCAGAAAUGUCCUGUUGUUCUGUCUGUAUGUCCCUCUUGUAAAGUCAGAGGAGAUAUUCCAGCCCCAAAAAACUAUGAACUUUAAACAUUGUCAAAGUCACUUUACUUUGCUUUCAUUUCAGUGAUUUUUUAAAAGUAUUUUCCUACCUACCCUAAUUUGAAAUGCUGAGUCAGGAGAGUGCAAACAAACAAUUAUUUAAAGGUGGCCUAAUGCAUAUUGCAAUAUAUUGUUACAAUAAAAAGACUAGCACAAAUUUAAUCAGUUCUUCUAUUUAUUAGCUUUUAAAAGAUGUAAUUGUUGAUCUUGUUUGUACAUGUACUUGUAUCCAAAGUGCCCUCAUAUUUUGCAUUGAACCUUUUUGUCAGGCAAUGUGAUUGUACUUUAACAAUUUUGCUGCCAUCUUUUGUAAAUGUUGUUAGGAGAAGAACUCCUCAACCAGGAAUUCAAGUUCUUGUGAAUGUGUUCCUUGUUUUCCUGACCCAGGAAAAUUUGAUUCCCCUGAAAAUAAGACAUUCUACUGUAAUUUGUAGAAAAUUCCCUAGGAAAGAGAGUGAUGUAUUUUGAAAUUGCAUAGCGAACUUUUAAAUGCUUGUAACAACAAAUAUAAACAAUUUGUUUUUAUGUAAUGUCAAAGAUAUUAUUCUACAGUAAUUGUAGUAAAUUUCCUAGGAAAGAGAGUGAUGCAUUUUGAAAUUUGAUUGUGAACUUCUAGAUGUGUGUAACAACAAAUAUAAACAAUUUGUUUUUAUAUAAUGUCAAUGAUAUUAACAGUUCUAAAUUCUUUUCCUGUUUACUGUGUUUCAGAUAAUGACAAUGAGGUAAGUCAUACCAUUUUGUCUUUUCAGCGUAAUGGAAAAUUGUUGUUGUUGUGUGUAGUGUAUAGAUUGAUUGUACAAUUAUAUGACAAUCUCUGCAUUUUAGAUCUUAACAUAUAUGAACAUUUCACCAUUUUGUCACUGUGCAAGUAUAAUUUCCCAUUUGUAGCAGAAUCAAGAGCCGCCUCCCCCCAGACAGCCUUCUCCUCCCCAGCCAGCCAGUCAGUCAUGGACUGCUCCUGCUGAUGGUAUGACUUCUCCACAGAUGGCUCCUAUGCCACCUCAGAUGAUGCCCAGACCUCCUUUGGGUGGACCUCCUCCUAGACAGCCAUUUCAAAUACCCACUCAUUCUGCCACUCCACAACCCCCAGAACCAAAAGAUCAUUUGGACUCUGACCCUGAGUUUCAGAGAAAAUUAGCUAUACAGAGGCAGCUUAUUAAUGAGGAGGAGCAAAAAAAGAAGGAGGCAGCAGCCUUAGCUCAAAAAGCUCUCCUCCUGAGUCAGAGAGGUGGCCCUGGAGCCAGCCCAGCCCUUCCUAGUGGAGAUCUUAUGGAGAAGGUCAGACAACAACAGGUCAUGAUAGAGAUGGAGAAACAAGAGUCGAUGAGACAGAUGCAAGAAAAAGCAAUAAACCAAGCAGAACAGGACCUUCGUCUGAAGGAAGCAGAACUUCUACGUCAGCAACAGAUUGCCCUGAUGGAAGCGCAGAGAGAGGCACAAGAGAAACGCAUGCAGGAGCAACAACAGCCACCGGGUCCUCCUAUACAUGUUGCUCCAUCCCAGCCCCCACUGCAGCAAGCUGUAGUUCCCCCUCCCCCAGGAUUGGCUGUACCACCGCAGCAGGGAACUUUACCGAUGAACAUUCCAGGACAAGGUACCAUGCCUCAGCAACCAGCCAGUAUGCCAGCACAAGUCCCCAUGCAGGCACCCCCAGUAAUGCCUACACAAGUCGGGGUGCCUCCACAGGUCACCAUGACAACACCAAUGGUACCACCUGGUACCAUGGUAACACCCCAAAGGCCAGUUGGUCCAGGAAUGAUGAUGCCAACAGGGGGUCAGCAAGGUCUACUUCCACCUGGGACCCAGACGGUACCCCCAGGCAUGCAGAUUCCCGUCACUCACCCUCCCAUGCUCCAGGGGCCCCCUCCACCUGGGACCCAGACGGUACCCCCAGGCACACAGAUUCCUGUCACUCACCCUCCCAUGCAUCAGGGGCCCCCUCCACCUGGGACCCAGACGGUACCCCCAGGCACACAGAUUCCUGUCACUCACCCUCCCAUGCAUCAGGGGCCCCCUCCACCUGGGACCCAGACGGUACCCCCAGGCACACAGAUUCCUGUCACUCACCCUCCCAUGCAUCAGGGGCCCCCUCCACCUGGUACACAGCCAGUGUCUACCCAGCCACAGCCUCAAGAACGACCUCCAACUUCUGUCCCAAUAGAAAUGGAGAAACAGCCUCCACCUCAGCUUGAAUCUGGAUCAUCAAAGGAAAUUAAAUUGCCACAAGCCUUGGAGAAGGUGUUAGCUUUCAAAGAUGUCAGGGCACAGGAAGUGGGUGUUACACAUGAGGAAAUAGAACAGAUGAACACUCCAAUGGAACGUGAUGUGGAUGAGGAGGAUGCCAGUGAGGAUGUAGGGUAUGGUACAUAUGACAUGGAGGAAGAGGAGGAGGAAGGCACUAAAACGGGUGGUGUUAAAGAGUCCAAAAACAAGAAAAGAAAGAAGAAAAAGAAAAAGGCGAAGAAAAACCGACUUUUGCAGCAACAGCAGCAGCAGCCAUCAGAGAGCCCUGCUGAGGAUGUACAAGUCGAGUAUAUUCAGGAACAACUUGAGCUUGAUCCAACUGACCCAAAUUAUUUCAUCUUUUCAAAGAUCUUUGAAGCAUUCAAGAUCUCAGAGGAAAAGAAAGAAGAAAAGGUAGACAAGAAAGAAGAUGUGAAGAAAGAGAAUAUCCCUCUAAAGAAGGAGGAAGAGGACAAGGAUGAGGACAGUGACGAUGACGCUCCGGUUAAGAAAGAGGAAGAUGACGGCCAGAAACUGUCCAAGAAAAAGUUAAAGAAGAUGACACGAUUAAGUGUCGCUCAACUGAAACAACUGGUCAGUCGGCCGGAUGUGGUAGAGAUGCACGAUGUCACUGCCCAGGAUCCCCGUCUACUGGUACAUCUUAAAGCUACCAGGAACACUGUCCCUGUUCCACGACACUGGUGCUUCAAGAGAAAAUACCUCCAAGGAAAGAGGGGUAUAGAGAAACCUCCAUUUGAAUUGCCUGAUUACAUCAAAGCCACUGGAAUCAUGGAAAUGAGAGAGGCUUUAGCUGAAAAGGAAGAUCAAAAGAAUUUGAAGGCCAAGAUGAGGGAGAAGGUGCGACCAAAGAUGGGAAAAAUUGACAUUGAUUACCAGAAACUUCAUGAUGCUUUCUUUAGGUGGCAAACAAAACCUAAGAUGACAAUUCAUGGGGAUCUGUAUUAUGAGGGAAAAGAAUUUGAAACCAGAUUGAAAGAGAAAAAGCCAGGGAAUCUCUCGGAUGAGUUGAAAACUGCUCUAGGAAUGCCUCUGGGACAUAAUUCUGAGAAGUUUCCUCCUCCAUGGUUGAUUGCCAUGCAGAGAUAUGGACCACCUCCAUCAUAUCCAAAUCUGAAGAUACCCGGAUUAAGUGCCCCCAUUCCUGAGAGUUGUUCAUUUGGCUACCAUGCCGGUGGAUGGGGGAAACCACCAGUCGAUGAAAAUGGUAAACCACUGUAUGGUGAUGUGUUUGGUACACAAAGUUCAGAAUUCCAGACUCCCAUACCAGAGGAGGAUGUAGAUAAAUCUCUUUGGGGAGAAAUGGAUGAAGAGUCUUCAUCAGAAGAGGAAUCAGAGGAAGAAGAGGAGGAGGAGGAAGAUGCCUCAGGACUUGUCACUCCUGGUCCAGAGGGUCUGGUGACACCCAGUGGAAUAACGUCUGUACCAAUGGGAAUGGAGACCCCAGACAUGAUAGAGCUGAGGAAGAAGAGGAUUGAGGAUGCAAUGGAUCAAGGAGGAGAAACACCGGCUCUCUACACAAUCUUACCCGAGAAAAAAUCCUCCGUGGGUGGGGCUAUGAUGGGAUCUGCCCAUGUGUACGACACGACAGCUGUAAUAGCAGGUAAAAAAGACAAACCAGGCACAGAAGGCAUUGAAGUGGCACUUAAUCCUGAGGAGUUAGAUCUCGAUACAGCAGCCAUGCAGGCCAAGUACGACCAGACAAUGCGAGAGCAGCAGUCCCAGCUGGAGAAGGAGGACCUUAGUGACAUGGUGGCUGAGCAUGCUGCCAAACAAAAGAAACGGAAAAAACAACAGCAAGACAGUGGAAAGGCUGCAAAAAAAUACAAGGAGUUCAAGUUUUAGUGUACUUCAUCGUGUUGUAGUGACUAGUGUUCAACUUCAUGUCAUCACAAACUUAUAUCACUGACUUUUAAAAAAAAAAAUUCAAUAAAAAAAAAUAUCACAGAAAUCAUUCAUCUUAAUCAUGUUUCUUAGAAAUCAGGUGAGUUGGGAAAAAAAUAUGAAUUUCAACUCAUUUUAAUGUUGUACAAUAUGAUGAAUGGAUAUUAAAAAAAGUCUUUACACCAGAA